AUGAGUAACCUCGGAAGAACGCCCGAAGGUCGCCUUUUAGCAUCCUUCACACCCUUCUCCGCCAUGGGCAAGAAGGAUCGGGUCCGCUACCAGCUCCGGUUGUGCGCCAACCAAAUGCAACAGCUUCUUGAUCAACUAAAUCCCGCCCACAAUAUCUCCCAAUCCCUCAAGAAUAGCAUCGCUCAAAUCCAGCACUUCAACAAUUUCGACCAGCCUAACGUGAUCUCACUAUGGAAAGAUCUUCUCCACGAGCCUCGCGCCUUUCCUUUCCGCUCUGAGGAAUUCUGCUCCCGAGGAGAGUCGCAAAGUCUUCUUGACAGACGGGCUGAGCGCAACCUGAAUAUUCCGACACUUGUCGUCGAUACUAAUAAUAACCGUGAAGGAGGUCUGCACUCCAGAAAGCGCAGGAAUGACGACGAGGACGAGCUGAUUCGACCUGACCACGGACAUGAAGAAGGUUCAAUUGGGGUAGAGAAGGAGUUUGAAUCUCACGGCAUCAUCGACAAAAUGAAUGAUCCAGCGACCAAGUGGAAGGUCUUACGAAAGCGAAGGAAUGGCGACUAUGACGGCGAUGAUGAGCUGAAUCAACCUCAACCAAAGCGCACUAAGCUCUCUAAGAAGUAG